GUUGUAACGAAAACAUUCUCUGACAAACACACAAAACGUUUUCCGGAAAACUCGUAUACUUUAUUUUGAAAUUGUACGAUUGAUUUCUUAUUAACAGAUGCCUAAACUAUACUGAUUGGGGGCAGGUGCGGAUAUUAUCCCUAAGCUUGUUUAAAAGCUAUAAAAAUUAAAAACGUGAACACAAUUUUCAAGUAAUUAAAUUACACAAACAUGGCUGGAAUUGAAGCGAGUUUGGAUGUAACGGACAACUCAGAUUCAGAUGAGUUUUAUGAUGCGUUUUCUGAUAUAGAAGAUCAAGACUUUUCCUGCGAUAAUGAUAUGGACUUGAAGACCUCUCUUCAGGAUGCCGGGCGAGCCAUUGACUAUUUCUUCAACAAUCAAUUUGAGGAUGCACGGAAUCUGCUGCAUCCAUUUGCUCAUAAAAGUCUUUAUCAUUCCAUGGGUAAUGCAGUGUUUGCAUUCCUAGAAGCUGUUCUUACCUUUGAGGACAUUGAACGGGCUUCAACAGAGUUGAAAAAAUGUCUGGAAUUGUGUCAAAUGCUUCGCAAACGCAGCACCCUAACUGAAUCGAUUGGCAACACAUUCAAAAGGAAAAACUUCAAUCAAUUCACUGACCUGGAAUGCCAUGCGGAGCUGUGUAUGGCGGAGGCACUUUUGAUGAACGCCCUUCUAACAUUCAUUGAGGAUGAGAAUCUGAGUAGCUUGAUACGGGGAAGCCUAAAAGUGCGGCAGUGCUACAAUAGCUUUAGGGUCUGUGAGCAGAUAAUGAAGCAUCGCAUUUGGGAAUCUCAGAAUGAUUCAGAAUCGACAAAUCUGCAAAUGCAUUUCAAUAGCGGAGUACACAUGGGCAUUGGAACAUUCAAUCUGAUGAUAUCAUUGCUACCCGGACGCAUAGUAAAAAUAUUGCAAUUUAUAGGAUUCACAGCAAAUAAGACUGCUGGGUUAAAUAUGCUUCUUACAGGACACCGGGAGAAUGGAUUACGACAAGUUCUCUGCUCACUCACUCUUUUGGGAUAUCACCUGAUGGUGGUAUCUAUGAUCAGCGAUCGAAACCGCAAUGUCCAACUGUGCGAGGAUAUACUGGCUACGCAGUUAGCUAAAUAUCCAAAAGGUUUGUGGUUCCUUUUCUUUAAAGGUCGUCUAGAGCUGAUCAAGGGCAAUUUAGUGGAAUCCGAAUUAUGGUACCAAAAGUCACUGCACUCUCAGCAAAUUUGGCCUCAAUUCCAUCUUUUAAGCUUUUGGGAACUGCUUUGGUUAAACAGCUUGUUGGGAAAAUGGUCGGAGGCCGAACUUUAUGCCACAUAUUUGCUGCAAAAGAGUAAGUGGUCCCGAACGAUAUAUGCAUAUCAGUUAGCCGCUGUUAAGAUAACAGCAGUCAAGGCCAAAAGAAAAUCGAUCUACGACUCCCAUCCAGACGCGUCAGUUGACGCUCUGAUGCUUGAGGUACCUACAUUUAAGCAGCGUAUAGCUGGCAAGUCCCUACCCAUGGAAAAAUUCAUGAUUAAACGGGCCGAGCGCUAUGGCUGCCAGAAUGGCAAUCUUGUCCUGCCACUGAUUGAACUUAUGUACCUAUGGAACUUGUUCAAAUUUUUUAGUCGAAAGUGUAACAUAGCUGAUAAUAUUUUACGUAUGAUUGACAUGGAACUUACUAGCCUCUCGCAGUCCCAAUCCGAUUCUCAUUAUAGUGCGGAUAAUCGUGCGUUAUGUUUGCUGUUGCGUGGAUCUUGCUAUCGUCAAAUGUCAAUGCCGUCUUUGGCCCUUCAGGAUCUUGAGGAGUGUAUAGCCAUUGGUCAAAGCGGACCAGGACUUAAGGAGGACUCAUUCCUGAUUCCGUAUGCCUGCUUCGAAGCUGCUCUUUGCCACGAAAAAAAUAAAGCUGUGGCUAUGCUUCAAAAUGUAAAGAAAAAAUUCUCGGGUUUUGCACUGGAGUCUCGGUUACAUUUCAGAAUACACGCUGCGCUUAUGGACAUAAGCGAACAAGAUUGUGGUAGCCCGUAACAUUUUUGGCAUGGUAAACAAUUUGCUCCUUCUAAAAGCAGAAAGGAAAGCUGACAUCAAGUUAAUAUUUUGUCAUUUUAUUACUGUGGUAAUUGUUGAUAUACAUGUAAUCUCAUAUAUAUAUACAUAGUUAUAUGUAUAUAUAUAUAUAUAUUCUCAUAUAUAUACAUAUAUAUGUGUACAUAUUACGACAAAAGGGAAUUAAGCAUACAAAUACAAUCUUAUUCAAUAAAGGUGUGUUUUUUGUUUUUGUAGUGUUAAGUGCGCAUCAAUACUAUUAAUUGAAAUAUUUCUUCAUAGAUUUUAUAAUUAGAUUGUUUUCUUAAAAGCAUAUGUUUAUGUUAUGUUUAUUUUAAUAAAUUUAAUUUAACAUUAAA